AUGGGAAAUCUAAUACUGAUGGCGCUGCUGCUGGUUCACCUGCCGACAGAGCUGCUGUCCAUCCAGGUGAUUGUUCCAGAGACGGAGAGGAGGACGACUCUGUUUGCCUCCGUGAUUCUGCGCUGUGACUACUCAACGUCAGCCAACCCUCAGGAUGUCCUGGUCACCUGGAGGUUCAAGUCCUUCUGUAAAGACCCAGUGCUGGAGUUGUACUCCACAGCCUAUCAGGCCGCUCUGCAGCUGGGUCAGGACCCCUCCAAUGAUUGCCCGGACAGCCAGCGCACAAUCCGCACUGUGAUCCAGAAGAGGGGCAUUAAUGAGCCCAUCCUGGGUGCAGACUACAGAGAACGCAAAAUUACCAUUCAAAACAAGGCUGACCUGGUCAUCACUGAGGUGAUGUGGUGGGAUAACGGCGUUUAUUUCUGCAACAUUGAUGCUGCUGGUGACACGACAGGGGACUCGGAUCGUGAAGUCAAACUCAUCGUGUACCACUGGCUGACAGUCCUGUUAAUCAUCCUCGGUGUUCUCCUGCUCAUCAUGCUCUUCUGCAUCUGUUGCUGUCAGUGCUGCCCGCAGAAGUGCUGCUGCUACGUUCGCUGCCCGUGUUGUCCACAGACAUGUUGCUGCCCGGAAAAAGCUGUGAUGCAGCACCGGAUGCUGCGAGACGCUCAGAAGGCGAUGGCUCCUUGGAUGAAUGGUCAACCCAUUUACGCUCCCAUUAGCUCCAAUGCCUCCUCCCAGGGUGUUCCCAUACUGUAUUCAGGCUCGUACUCGGACUACCCUGUCAAACAAAACUUUGCCAUGGCUCCCAUGCAGCUGUCACCCAUGGCCCUACAGCAGCAGCCCCCUCCUCAUCCACACCAUGGUAACGGCAGCGUGCGGGGCAGCACUCAUGGCACCGGACAGGUGUUGGACUACCUGGAGAACCAGGUGAGGGGGAUGGAUAUGGCGGCGCCUCAAAUGGCUCAUUACGCUGUCCAAAACAGGCCUCAAUUCCAGCCUCAAUUCCAGCCUCAAUUCCAGCCAGGUCCUCCCGCAGUGCCCUACACACCGGGGCCACCGAGUAUGUUGUCAGCCCUGGAUGAGAUGGGGGUGAAAGGGGUGGAGAGAAGGGUGAUAACCCUGCCUCCUAUUAUCCAGCGUGUCCCCAGUUUUUCCUCACGCAGGGGGCCUGGAGCUGGAGAUGGACCCAGAGGUGGUCAGAGGUUAUCCAGCCAGUCCAGUGGGAGUGCAAACCACUCUGGAGGAGGUCUCCCCCGCAACAGUCGUGGCUAUAGAGACGUCUCUCCACCCAGACGGGGGAUCCUGCGGGAUUACAGCGAUGACUCCGACUGGGAGAACAGACGAGGAAGAGUGUCACACAGGGGUUCAAGGAACGAGCGAGAAGGCUCGGCCAGGAGGAGCGGAGCUGGAUCCAGGCGGCGUACUCAUAGUCGAGAUAACCUGAUGGAGGAGCUGCACAGCAGAGCAGCUCGGAGGAAGAGGAGCUAUUCACCUCCUCAACAUCGCAAAGGAUCCUGGAGCUCAGAUGAAGAGGACAGCAGCGGAAGGAAAAGUGGUAAAGGGAAGGAUUGGCCAGAGAUGCCCCCCAGCUACUUCUCCAUAGAGAACCAACCUGAACACAGUAACGGCCGGAGGAACUACAACCCCCUUUCUGAUAGAAGUUCCCGUAGCAGCCCCAGCGUAGUCAUCUGAAGCAUUUCUGUCUUUUUUCACCUUUUCCUGAACGUUUCCAGAACAGUGCUGAUGAAGACCGACAGUAGGUACAUUCAUCUGUUCAAUCAGCGUACAACGAUGUUUGAUAGCGAGUCCUAAAAAUGUACAAGAUGUACUGUAUACCUUUACUCUGUAUGCACUGUUUGUAAUUUGUAAUGUAAUGAAAUAUGAUUUUUAUAUAUGAAGUAAAGCUGUUGAGGCUAUAAACUGCAGAUCACAUGCAGUUUUAUAAAGCCUCUUGUUAUUUAGACGAUGUAAUGAGUGUGAGCUUGUAUUCAAUGAUGUACUUUGUAUGUGUGUGGUUUCCUUCUGGUGAUGGAUAAAAUAAUCCUAAUUGAUGUUUAUGAAGUAAGUGUUUAACAAGAAGAUUGUUGGAUAUUGUGAGAUAUUGUAGGUUAUUUAGAUGUAUCAUUGUGAACAUGUUGUGAGUGUUAUUAUUUUUUUUAAUAAUUUCUUAUUUUUGCAUAAUUUCUUUUACUUUUUGAACUGUUUUUUUUAUCUUUAUCUGAAGUGACACUGUUAGACAGUAAGAGCAAUAAAAAGUAUGAUACAUGUAUUAGAAAAUGGACGGAGUUAGUGGACAGAAGAUUUUAUGUAACAUGUAAUUGUGAUUUUCAUUAAUGUUUGUUUUUGUUACAAACAUGAGUAGAGAUGUAUUGUGAGUAAAUGUGUAUGUUUUAAAUAAACCUUUUUAGAUACAAC